AUGGACUCGUCAAUAGGAAUAAAAGGAAGCAACUUCGCAAUGGUAGCUGCUGACACAAGAGUCUCUAGGUCUUUUCUUCUUGUUAAGGAGGAUUAUGAGAAGUUCCAAGUAAUCAAGGAUAAGGUUGUGAUGUCAGUGGUUGGAGACCAGGGAGAUGCAUUCAGGACCAUGCUAAAUGUGUCUGAAAGUGCCAGAUAUGAGGAAAUACAGAAUGGGAUAGAGAUUUCCCCAAGUGUGCUGGCACAUAUGAUCCAGAACAAAGUCCAUGAGUCUCUCCGAAAGAGACAGCUCGAUGCAUCAACAAUAAUAGCAGGGAAAGGCCCUGAAGGAUAUGAUCUAUGGUCUGUUGACAGAUAUGGAGCAAUCUCUUCUGUGCCGUUCUGUGCUAGUGGAUAUGCUGCAUACUUUGUAUAUGGAAUCCUCGAUAGAGAGUAUUCCGAGAACAUUACUAUUGAUGAUGCCUUGAAAAUUAUCCAAAAAUGUAUUAACCUAUUGAAGGAAAGACUUAUAAUCAAUUUGGAGGGAUUUAUGAUAAAAAUAGUUACUGACGAUGGGGUCUUGACUAAAACCCUAGCUCCGGAAAUAAAAGACUAA